AUGUCAGCAUGUAAAGAAAAGGGUAAUCUGUCUAUUGUUGCUAGUUAUAUGUGUGAGAUUCUGGCUUGGUCUGAGAUGACAGUGUUCUUCACUAUCAAAGAGAUGCUUCAUGCAACCAAGUCGCCUGUUUUGCAAGACAUGUUUAUACAACAUGAAGUUAGAGCAAUCAAGAAGAAGAUUGACAAUUCUGAGUACCCUCAGUUCUUUCGCUACUUCUGUAGAGGGUUAGACGAUAUGUAUUUGGAACGAGAGAAUUUUCCUGUUUUAGCAUUGGUGGCUGAAACUGUGAGGUCUGAUGAACUCAGGGCUUCCUCAUCUGAGCAGGUUGUUGCACAGCCCAUGGUAAGUUCAGGCAAUGUUCAACGGUUGGUACGUCGUCACCGAAGCUAUGUUGCGCUAAGGAAAAUCAAGUCUACUGCUCAGUAA